AAAAAUGCUGUUAACAUAACACAAUUGACAUUGGCAACUCUAAUAUGAUUCAAUAUCGAACUGUUUCCCAUCACUAGCUGAAGGUGUUAAAAACUGCUCGUCAUCCGCAAAGCAGGCGAUUUUUAUUUAAGGAAUUACCAAAUUUGUAUUUAUUCCCACACAUUAUAUAUCCACUCUCGAGAAGCGCCCGCAUUAUGUUUGGCAGGCAAAGCGGUUUGGGCAGCUCCAAUAGCUCCAAUCUUGUGGAAUUUCGUGCUGGACGCAUGAAUAUGGUCGGCAAAAUGGUUCAUCCGGAUGCCCGUAAGGGCCUCGUCUAUAUGACCCAGAGUGAUGAUGGCCUAAUGCAUUUCUGUUGGAAAGACCGUACCAGUGGCAAGAUCGAAGACGAUCUGAUCGUUUUCCCCGACGACUUCGAAUACAAACGAGUCGAUCAAUGCAAGUCGGGUCGUGUCUACGUCUUGAAAUUCAAGUCCAGCUCCCGCCGAAUAUUCUUCUGGAUGCAGGAGCCCAAAACUGACAAAGAUGACGAACAUUGCCGUCGCAUCAACGAGCUCCUUAACAAUCCACCAUCGGCUCACCAACGCGGCGGAGGCGGCAGCGGCAGCGAAGGCACCGACUUGCAGUACAUGCUAAACAACAUGUCGCAGCAGCAGCUAAUGCAGUUAUUCGGAGGUGUCGGCCAAAUGGGCGGACUCAGCUCGCUGCUGGGUCAAAUGAAUUCACGGACGCCCUCGUCACGUAAUGCAGCUUCAUCGGGCGGUGGCAGCAGCGCCGCAUUGCAAACACCUGAGAAUGUGAAUGUGCCGCGCACAGUAUCCGUUCCCAGUAAGCCGAGCAAGUCGAGUGGCAAUCGGAGCAGCAGCUCCGGCGGUGGAAGCAACGCAGCCAAUUCGCAGAGCGAUGCAGCUGGAGGAACUGGAGGCGGCAGUGGAGGAGGGGUCGUAGGCGGCAGCUUGGCUGUCGAUGCGGACGGAUCCGGUAAGAAAAAUGCGACAAAUGCGACAACAGCAGCAACAGCCAGCGGAGCAUAUGCGAAUCCAUUCCAAGCCUAUUUAUCCAAUCUCUCCCCUGAACAUGGCGCAGGUCGCUCCCUAAAUAUCGACCUCUCAACUGCCCUGUCGGGCGCCGAGGCGAUCAAUCAACUGAUUGCGGAUCCGGAGCGUGUUAAGUCGCUGAUCGUACAUUUACCGGAAUCGGAAGAUGCCGAUGAGGAUCGCAAGCAACAGAUCAAGGAUCACAUCAGCUCCCCACAAUUUCAGCAGGCACUCGCCCAGUUCUCCAAUGCCCUCCAAUCGGCUCAACUAGGACCCGUGGUCAAGCAAUUCGAGCUAUCCCAUGAUGCGGUUGCGGCUGCCUAUUCGGGCAAUCUGGAGGAGUUCGUGCGUGCCUUGGAGAAGAGUUUGCCAGCGGGCGCGACUAUGGCGGCCGAUGAUACCACGCCCACAUCCGCCUCCAAGGAUACUCCUGUUGCCGAGAAGAAGAACGAUGCCGAAGAGAGCGCCGCUGCAGCAGCUGCAUCAGCCGAUAAACCGGAUGAGAAGAAAUAACGCGCACAAAAUAAUACAUAGACAUAUAUACUAUAUAGCCGACAUACAUAAAUCUAUAUAUAUAUAUUCGUACUAUAGGCCAGGCAAAAAGACAGACUCUGAAACACUCACAUGAACACAUAGCGACUCUAUCAAUUGUAAUUUCUGAUUUUGUGGAUAUGCCAACCCAAUCAAUAUUAUUUUUGCACAUUUAAUCAAGUUUUCGAUUCAAAAUAAAUUGGCCAUGCAAAUGUUGCUAUUUAGGCAUUAAAUAC